CGGAGGACCAGCCAAGAAAGACACUCACACACCACCGCUCGAGGGACAGCAGCGGAGUAGCAGCAAGGAACAGGCCAGUCUUUGGUGGUUGACUGAGUUGACUCCGGUGUUCUCGAGUAGCGCGGCUCAGUUUCAGUCGUGCGGAAGCAGCCGACCGUUGCACGUGUUCACAGAUCGGACGACAAUCGGCCGCCAUCCAUGGGUCACCAGUACCCGUACUCGCAUCUGGAUACUUUGAAUUGACAACGAAAAAAUGGAAAUGCAUAAUAGUCCCAACUUGAAGAAGAGUUCCUUGCGUGGUGAUGAAAUGACGCUCAGAGAGCCUCACAGAAAUGGCAGCACGUACGGAGCGUUCCAGUCGAAGGAUCCCAUUUUGGCGAUCGAGAAGGGCGGCGAAAUGGAAAACGGAAACAGCGAGCAUGAGAUUUCCGUGAGUCAUCCGACCUCGUAUUUAGAAACAAUGAUGCACCUGUUCAAAGGUAACGUUGGCUCGGGUAUAUUUGCGUUGGGGGAUGGCUUCAAGCACGCCGGACUACUGUUGGCCCCGCCGCUAACAAUCUUCUUGGGCAUCAUUUGUGUUCAUGCGCAGCAUAUUCUCGUGAGAUGCAACGAAGAGGUGACGCGACGAGUGAACGAUCCGGUCGCCACGUCUGGAUUCGCCGGUACCGUGGAAAUGUGCUUCGCCACCGGCCCUCUUGCACUCCGAAAAUACUCCGUGUUCAUGAGAAAAGUGGUUAAUGUAUUUUUAUGUAUCACGCAACUCGGAUUUUGCUGCGUUUAUUUCGUUUUCAUCGCUACCAAUAUGAAGCAGGUAUUGGACGUGCACGGGAUCGAGAUGGACGUCCAUCAGCACAUGGCUGUGAUCCUGAUUCCCAUAAUGCUCAGCACAUGGAUAAGGAAUCUGAAGUACCUGGUGCCCGUUUCUUCGCUGGCGAAUUUUCUAGUUAUCGCGGGCUACAUCGCCACCAUGUAUAUAAUGUGCCACGAUCUGCCACCGAUCCGCGAGAGGGAUUACGUGGCCAGUUGGCACGAUCUGCCACUGUUCUUUGGCACUGUGAUAUAUUCUUUCGAGGGUAUCACUUUGGUUUUACCCCUGAAGAAUGAAAUGAAGAAGCCGAAUAAUUUCAAUAAGCCACUCGGUGUCUUAAAUGUCGGUAUGGUCAUUGUGGGCACCAUGUUCGUCGCAAUGGGUUUCAUAUCGUAUUUAAAAUACGGCGACGCAGUGGCUGGAUCGGUCACAUUAAAUCUCGAAACAAAAGAAGUUUUACCUCAGUGCAUAAAAAUUGCCAUCUCGUUGAGUAUAUUAUUCACGUAUGCAUUGCAAUUUUACGUUCCUGUCGCGAUCAUGUGGCCACAAAUGGUGAACCAAUUUGGCCCCUUCAAGUGGCCAAUUGUAGCAGAGACUGUUUUCCGUUCAGCGUUAUGUUUUCUCACAUUCAUCCUAGCAGAGGCAAUACCUCAACUGGGUCUGUUCAUAUCGUUGGUGGGUGCAGUGAGCAGCACCGCGCUGGCGCUCAUCUUUCCUCCAAUCAUCGAGAUGGUCGUUUGCUGGCAGAACGCGUCCCUCGGGAUCUUCACGAUCGCGAAGGAUGUCAUGAUAGUGGUGAUCGGACUGUUAGGUUUCGUCACCGGAACGUACGAGAGCCUCACGUCCAUUAUUCAGGCGUUUAGCAAGUAAUUUAAUUUAGCCGUUGUAUAAAGUUGUUAAUAAUUUUUACCUGUACACACGCGCGCGCGCGGAAUCAACGAAAUCGUGGCAUCUACGCGAGCAUCAUAGACAAUGAUUGUUGGUUAAGUGCAAAUUUCCUGAAAAACAUUCAAACGCUAGUUCAAUUUAUUAGUCGUAUACAAAGUUUUUUCGUUUUUUUUUUCUCUUACACUAGCGCCACUCUCAUCCGUUUUUGAGUAUCUUCUCUGUUCUGUUUUAUUUUUUGUCGUAUUUUCAAAAUCUUUACCGUUCGGACGUAUUAUCGAAUAAUCUGGAUUUCGAGGACAAUCGUCGUCUGUGAUCUGCCUAUACCUGCGUGACAGUAUACUUAGAAGACUAUUAUAGUUCGACGAACAGGGUAACAAAUCAUCGAGUAUUCACCUCUGAAAUUCGAUUGCAGUUAAACUAGACACGAAUAAUCUUGACCCUCCGAUGCGGUGCAAUUUUAAACCGAGAAGAAAAUGCUAACCAGUUUCGUGACCGCGGGAAAAUUUCUUAAUCGGUCUUUUGUAUUCAGGAGAAAAGAAAAAGAAAUAUAAGAAUUACAAUUGAAAGUAUCGCGAUCGAUUUUAGCAGGUGUGGUCACGUUUGCGGAACAUCAUGGAACAGUUAAAAGUGAGUUCGCAAUUGUUAGUUGUGGCUUUGUCCCGUUGGCGACACGAUAGCCGUAAGAUUCUACCGUAGAUACCGUAGAGACUACUCGAUGUAUAAACAGAUUCUGUGUAAACGUAAAAACCGACUGUAAUUACCGUGAUACGUAGCUGUAGUGAGCCGAAAACAGAAGUGAACGAAAAGGAAAUAGAGAAGGAACCGGGGUGGAUGACACGUUGACCAGUUUUUUUUUUUUAAAAUCGUUGUGAAUUGUUAUUGUACUCGACGAUCGUGUGAUAUAAAAGACAAAAGGGAUAUGGACUCUUUUCGCCGAAAAGUUUUCGGUUUUACCGGAGACACGGAAUGUUCAGCUGCCUUCCGGAGGCUCGCGAUCGAAAUCUUCGAGUGUAUCGAUCGCAAACGUUUACGCUGUAGCCGCGAGGACGAGAACCUGCACCAUGGUCGCAUCAGGGUGGCCAAUCCUCCAAUUAGAACCGACUCGACAAAUAUAUAUUUUUUUAAGUGGAACUUUUACAGUUCCUUCUUUUUAAAAUACAAACGAUAAUGGAUUUCACGGGAAUAUUGACACGGCAACGCCGAAUUGGUCACCCUGUGGCGACGAUUUAAUUGUUAAUUAGUAUUGUUACCACAUCACACGUUCGCGCAUUGUUAUCGUUAUGAGAAAUCAUUUAUCGUAAUAUCGUGAAAUUUUAUCAUACUCCCGAAAGAGACGUGACUGUAAAUGAUUGAUGUAACAUCGAUGUAAUUGUACGUUUUUAUUUAUUCCUUUCACUCGCAGUAUAACCGAUAUUUAUAUUAAAAAAGGAAAGAAUGGACGAGAGGCGACGAGAGAUUUUGGUGAUUGUUUUUUGAUUUGUAUAUUGUCAUAGAUCGACGUACCUACUUUAUUACCGAAACUUUUUCUAUGUGUAUAGAUUAUAAAUAAUUAUAGUGCCGAAAAGGAACCGUGAUGAAAAAAAAAAGUAUGUUUGAAAGAAAAAAAAACAAGAGAAACUCAAGUUCAAACAGUGUACGAAAUUUCGAUACCUAUUUUCAGAUGCGC